AUGACACCCAGUACCACAGGGAAAGGGCGAGAAGGCCCGCGCAAAUAUGCAUACAAUAUUGACGCUGCCCGCGAACGGGAAAUGCACCUGUACCUCCCAUACUGGGGGUUCUCAGAGUCUGAAAAAUUUGCGCAGCAAUCCGUCGGCGAACGACCUAAUGUCUCACGCGAUAAUGUCUUGACAGCGUUCGCGCAAUUAGCAAGUUUGCGUCUACAUGCUAAAUGCGCUCUUAUUUCUCUCUUUGAUCGUACAACACAACAUGUUGUGGCAGAAGCAACCCCGACUCUUGGCCUGCGCAGUUCAAAAAGUGGAGAGGGAUCCGACUCGCUAUGGCGUGGUGUGCAACAAUUCCCGCGACAAAAUAUACCAAUGUGUGAUCGAGCUAUGCGUGCAUUCACGAAGGAAGGAGAAUCUCGUUUCAUGAUUCCGGAUUUGACUCAAGACUCCUGUUUCAAAUCUGCCUCUUUCGUCACCGGUGCACCGCACCAUCGAUUCUACAUUUCAGUCCCUAUUCGAUCACCGGAACACUAUAUAAUCGGCAGUGUUGCGAUACUGGACGAUAAACCUCGAGAAAAUAUGUCCACGCAAGAUAUGCACUUCUUGGAGGAGCUGAGUGUUACAAUUAUGGAGUACCUACUUUCCCAGCGUGCUAUGCGCGAAGAAAACCGAGAAGAAAAGAUGGUUCGAGCCCUUGGACUCUUUGUGCGAGGUAAAUCCGACCUCAGCGAAGGAAUCGAUAGUCGCGAUAUAUCAGAUCACCCGCCUGAUGGUCUUGAUCAUGUUAACAAGAAGCUUGAAGAGAUUCAAAUUUCCGAUCAAGCCGGCACAAAUGCCACUAAAAGUAAUAGGGGCAGAACUUCCACGUCCUCAAUCGAGCAAGCAGUUCCCACCAGUGUCGAUCAAAGUCGGAGUAGAUCACCUGUUCGGAAGUUCAAGAUGAGUGAAAACCAGGGCGAGGAGUCCGAUAUUGUAAAGGAAGAAAAUGAGCAAAGACCUGCCCUCACGCGUACUACUGAACGACUUCAAAAGUCCCUUGCUCCCUCUAGUGUACAAUCAGUUCUCAAUAGAGCAUCAUGUCUCAUGAACCAGGCAUUGGAGAUUGAGGGGGCCAUGUUCAUCGAUGCGAGUGUGUAUGCACGUCGUCAGAUGAUGGGUGUUGGCAGCGACUCGGCAGUUCAUAAAGGGGCUGAUAAUGAGCAAAAUCAAAACCAAAACGGGCAUAGAGGCUCAGAAAUUCCUCCAGAGCUUCAGCCUGAUUCUGUAGGGGAUGAUAAUGAGCCCAGAAGUCUAGUUCUAGGCUACUCGACAUCCACCGCUUCUGGUAGAGAUGACAACAAACUUGAAAGCCAUUAUGUGCCACUACCGGGAAGUUUUGUGAAUCAUCUCAUUGAGCGAUACCCACGCGGUAAAAUAUUUCAUAUCGAUAAGGACGGAAGCAUCGCAGUGAGUUACGAAGGGUUAGCAGAUGAUGUCAGCCAAGCAUACGUUGGCAAAGAAAACGAGGUUAAGCCUGGCUCUCCAAAGGAGAAAGGAUACCAGGAAGAAACAAUGGAGAUCAAGCAUUUCCACAAGAUCCUGCCCGAUGCUCGUUGUCUUGCCAUUUAUCCUGUUUGGGACUUCCAUCGCGGUCGAUGGUUUACCAUGAGUCUCGCGUGGACCAAUGACCCGGGUCGAGUUCUAUCUGAGCCAAAAGAUUUAACUUACAUGGCGGCUUUCAGUAAUACUGUUAUGGCUGAUGUAUCACGGAUGGAUGUCGAAGCUGCCGACAAGGCGAAGGGUGACUUUAUAUCCUCUAUCUCCCACGAGUUGCGAUCUCCGUUGCACGGUGUUCUUGGAACCGUGGAGCUGCUCCAGGAGACAGUGAACUCCUAUACCCAACAGGGUUUGGUAGAAACUGUCCAUAGUUGCGGACGAACUCUACUAGACACAUUGAAUCAUCUGUUAGAUUAUGCCAGGAUUAAUACUCUCACGGCAUCUCCAGGUCGCGGGCCAGGUGGAUCAGCCACGACAAAUCGGGAGCGGCCAAAAAUUAGCGUUCCGGGCCUUGAACAAGACGAAGACCUAAGCUCGUUGGUACAAGAAGUAGUUGAAGGCCUGCUGGCCGGUGCUGAAUUUCAAAGUCGAGAAUCAGGGACCUCAACCGAUAUCGUCAACCAGAACCAGCAGCGAUUUAGUUUGAAAUCAUCUAAUGGCGGGAAGGAAAGCCGAAUGAUGACGAUUGUCGAUAUUGAAUGGCAAGACAAUUGGCAUUACCCUGUGUAUGCGGGUGCUUGGCGACGAGUUGUGAUGAACUUGUUUGGAAAUGCUCUCAAAUACACAGGAACAGGGUACAUCCGACUCUUCAUGAGGAAAGACACAAUGACUGUCAAUGGUCAAAAGAAUGUUCCCGCAGCACGUCUCACUAUAAGUGACUCCGGCCGUGGCAUGUCUCAAGACUUUCUGCUUCACAACCUUUACAUCCCUUUCCUUCAGGAAAACACACAGUCUCCAGGCCUCGGUGUUGGACUUCAUCUUGUUCACCAAAUAGUGAAGUCUCUGAAUGGUCAAAUUCAUUUCAAGAGUGAGGUGGACCGUGGUACGGAAGUUGAUGUGUACUUCCCAUUGACAGAGCCACAACCAACUCUCGUUCAGCCAACCCAUUAUCACCAGCUCAGGACGGAAUUGAGUGGCAAAAGCGUUUCAUUCUUUACGAAGAGCUUCCAGCGUGGAGAUCUUGGAAUCCGGCCAGAAAUAUUUGACAACAUCAGAUUCAGCUUGGGUCGUAUGGUCAGUGAUUGGUUUGGACUUCAAGUGAUCAGUUCUGAUGAGCCUGACCAUGAACAUGGGCCGGAUUUCUUGAUUGUGACAGAACAUGAAUAUCGAACAAUGGCCCGUGAUUCAGCCCAGUCCGACGUUCGAAGAUCGGUUGAGUCGAGAGGUAAAUAUCCACUCAUUGUGUUGAGUGGGCAAGCAAGUAGUUGGAGGGUAGUGAAGGAGAAUGAUCGGGACCGUGCAAUUUUCUUGUCCCAGCCUGUGAGCCCAAGGACUUUGGCAACAGUCUUUGAAAAUUGUCUUCGCCCGCAAGGAAUCGAGGAGGAUGUCAAGAAUGUGAAACAAGGAAGCCCGGAUUCCUCUCAAUCCAGUGAACAGCGAAAUGAUACGUCUGACAAAACCGAAGAGAAUUCCGAGAAAAGAGUUCUAUUAGUUGAAGACAACGCUGUCAACUUGAAGAUCAUCGAAACAUGUGUGAAGAAUUGCGGAUUUAAAUAUGAAUCAGCGACCAAUGGAGUCGAAGCUUCAGAGAAGUUCAAAGACCAAAGAUUUGACAUUAUUGUCAUGGACAUCUCCAUGCCCCAUAUGGACGGGCUUACUGCUACCAGAAAUAUGCGAAAAUUCGAAAAAGCGCAUAAGUUAACCCCGGCACACAUUAUAAUUCUGACAGCUGUUUUGUCUUCUGAAAAACAAGAAGAGGCGCGGGUCAGUGGGGUGAAUGAUUUCUUGACGAAGCCUACGCCAUUGAAACAGUUGAGUCAGUUGCUGCGUACUCUGCCACAUCUCAACAACCCCGAAAACCUGGACUGA